CCGGCCGGGCAGCACGGGCGGGGCGGAGGAGGGGGGGAAGGUUAACCGCGCCCAGGCUCUCGCUUCCCGAUGGCUGCGGGGAGCUGAGCGGGCAUCCAGCGCGCGAGGAGGAGUCGAGACCCAGCGACACCCCCCUCCCCCGCGGCUCUCUCCUUCCGACUCGGCUCCCCGGCCGGCGCUGCUGCCUCCCCGGGACCCGCCGGGCAGAGCGCGGGCGGCUCCCCUUCUCCUCCGCCCCCUCCUCCUUCUCCUCCGCCCCCCUUUCCCCUCCCCAGGCCGGCGGGACGCGGGCAGGAGCCGCGGGCGACGGACGUACCGGCCCGGUUAAUGAGCAGCGGCCGGAAGGGCAGAAUUUACAUGUUUGACAGCAGAAGUUGGCUUUCUACUGCAGUGAGAGAAAAUACUUCUGGUUGUUUCAGAGGUGGCAGUGGAGCACACCUUUAGCACAGGAAAAUGAGUGAGCUCGACCAGUUACGCCAGGAGGCUGAGCAACUGAAAAACCAAAUCAGAGAUGCUAGGAAAGCAUGUGCAGAUGCCACCUUGGCUCAGAUCACAGCCAAUAUUGACCCAGUGGGGAGAAUUCAGAUGCGCACUAGAAGAACACUGCGGGGACACCUGGCUAAAAUUUAUGCAAUGCACUGGGGGACUGAUUCCAGGCUUCUAGUUAGUGCCUCCCAGGAUGGCAAACUUAUAAUUUGGGACAGCUAUACUACAAACAAGGUGCAUGCUAUUCCCCUGCGCUCAUCCUGGGUGAUGACUUGUGCAUAUGCUCCUUCUGGAAAUUACGUGGCUUGUGGUGGUCUUGAUAACAUCUGUUCCAUUUAUAACUUGAAAACUCGUGAAGGGAAUGUACGUGUCAGCCGUGAACUAGCUGGUCACACAGGAUACUUGUCAUGCUGUCGCUUCUUGGAUGAUAAUCAAAUCGUUACCAGCUCUGGCGACACUACUUGUGCUCUCUGGGACAUAGAAACUGGUCAGCAGACAACUACAUUUACUGGGCACACUGGAGAUGUCAUGAGUUUGUCCCUUGCUCCUGAUGCCCGGUGUUUUGUUUCUGGUGCCUGCGAUGCCUCUGCCAAACUGUGGGAUGUUAGAGAAGGAAUGUGUCGGCAAACCUUCACUGGCCACGAGUCGGACAUCAAUGCCAUCUGUUUCUUCCCAAAUGGCAAUGCAUUUGCCACAGGCUCGGAUGAUGCUACCUGCAGGCUCUUUGAUCUUCGGGCUGAUCAGGAACUCAUGGUUUACUCACAUGACAACAUCAUCUGCGGCAUCACCUCCGUAGCGUUUUCCAAGAGUGGACGUCUGCUCUUAGCUGGUUAUGAUGACUUCAACUGCAAUGUCUGGGACACACUGAAAGCUGAUAGAGCAGGUGUCCUUGCUGGUCAUGAUAACCGUGUCAGUUGCUUAGGUGUGACUGAUGAUGGGAUGGCAGUGGCAACAGGAUCAUGGGACAGCUUCCUCAAGAUCUGGAACUGAAGUAGAAGAGCGCCGGACUCCAUGACUGGAAGAAGUUCCCAACGGUUGAAAAUGACAAAUUGAUAGCAUAUCCAAUCCAACCAUACUAACUCGGACCCCAUCCUCCCCAACUUCAAAGGGCAAGAUCUUUUCCGUCUCCUGUUGCUGAAAUGAAGAGCACAAUUACCUUUCCAAGAAGAAUUUCUGUGUUGUAAGCAAAAUGAAAUUGUGCAUUCCUUUUGGGACCAUUUCUUUUUUUUU